UCGGAUUUUCCAACGCGUGCCUCUGAACACGUCGAAACUCACACCCUCCUAGACCUACACAAAUUCUCUCUCUCUCUCUCUCUCUGUCUCUGUCUGUCUCUCUCUACUCCUAACUCGGAAUAUAUAUAUGAAAAUAAUCUCAGUAGACGUGUAUUUUCAUUGUCAAACUUUUCUUUCCGUUUGUUUCUCGGGACUUUUCCUCUCCGAUCAGAAACACAGGCGUCGACCCGUGAAAGGUUUAUUGGAAUUUUCUCUGGUAAAACUGAAUGCCCAAUUAUAUGCGUCUUCGUCUUCCUUGAUCUUAGUUUCGGUUGUUAAGCAAAAUUUGGGGUUCCUUAUACUUUUGCCUACUGCUUGUCCAUCUUAUAUUCAAUCUUGUGGCUCUGCAAGGACGGUGUUGGAGUUUUAGUUUAUAAAAUCUAAGAUGUCUUCUCCAAGCAAGAGGAGAGAGAUGGAUGUGAUGAAGUUGCUUGCAGUUCCAAUUUCACAUGCUGAGUUAUGAGUGAUGAUCUUCUUUCUGGCACCUCUCACAUGUGUUAAUGUUGUCCAGGAUGAUGAGUGAUUACACGGUCGAGACAAUAAAUGAUGGACUCAAUGAAUUUAAUGUGGAAUUCCACGGUCCAAAAGAAAGCCUUUAUGAAGGUGGGAUUUGGAAAGUCCGCGUUGAGCUUCCUGAUGCUUAUCCAUACAAGUCUCCUUCUAUUGGCUUUGUGAACAAGAUAUACCACCCAAAUGUUGAUGAGCUAUCUGGAUCUGUAUGCUUGGAUGUUAUUAAUCAAUCUUGGAGUCCAAUGUUUGAUCUGUUAAAUGUAUUUGAAGUUUUCCUUCCGCAGCUCUUGCUUUAUCCCAAUCCUUCCGACCCGCUUAAUGGUGAUGCCGCAUCAUUAAUGAUGAAGGAUCGAAAGCAGUAUGAUCAGAAAGUUAAAGAAUACUGUGAGCGAUAUGCAAAGAGGGAGAACAUCUCCAAUUCCACAGCUGAAGUGGAUAGUGGGGAUGAGGAGAUCAGUGAGGAAGAAAGUGGUGGUUCUAGUGAUGAUGAUAUUGCUGGACAUGCAGACCCAUAAUGAGCUGAAUGGGGGGCUUGGUUCUUUGACCUGAAAACCUCCCUUAUAGCAGCAUCAAUGAAAUCCUAUAAUAUGUUCACCCGUUUGAUUGUUACUAGUUGUACGAUGAUGUUUUAUUUGCUUGUAGAAUCAUAAUCAUGUGACAGAUUUCAAUUGUGACAACCCUGCACUGAUAUUUAACGUUACAGGGGAUGAAAUGGAAAACAAAGAAAUAGAAGAAAUUGACAACAAACUUUUUUUAGUACUAAUGUU